AUCGUCCGUACGUUCUUGGAACGUUAUUUAACCUCGCUCGGAUCCCUAAACCUUGGGCGAUACCUGAAUCGCAUUCCGGUAUUCUGGAGAACUUGUGCGUAGGGCGUCGCGAGGUUGUAGACGAUGGCGUCCGCACGAGAGGGUGAUGUGCCCCGCACCUUUUACCAGCUGCCGACGGCCGAGGGGACGGCCGCCGCCGCCGGACCCGGCCGGCCGGCCGACCCCGACACCCUGCGCCAGUACGUGCGGGAGCAGACAAUCGGCCGAGCGCGCAGCUUCCUCGGGCCGUUCGGCUCCAACAGAGCCGUCUACUGCGACCACACGGCGUCCGGCAAGAGCCUGCGCUUCAUCGAGGACUACAUACGCGACGAGGUGCUGCCCACAUACGCCAACACCCACACCACGUCCACCAACGCCGCCCUGCAGACCACCUCCUUCAGGGACGAGGCGCGUCUGAUCGUGCGCAACAGCGUACAGGCUUCGGAGCACGACGCGGUGCUGUUCUGCGGCUCGGGCGCCACGGCCGCCGUUCACAAGCUCAUCAGUCUGCUGCACCUGACGCAGCCGCCGCUGGUGCUGGUCGGGCCGCACGAGCACCACUCCAACCUGCUGCCGUGGCGUGAGGCGGCGCACAAGGUGGUGCGCGUGGCGGAGGAUCCCGCCACGGGCGGUGUCAGUCUGGCGGACCUGGACGCCCAGCUGGAGCGGCUGCGACCGGCCGCCGCCGACCGGCCGCUGGUGGCCUGCUUCUCGGCCGCCUCCAACGUGACCGGCCUGCUGACGGGGGACGCCGAGCUGACGGCGGCCGUGCACCGGCGCGGCGGCCUCGUCGUCUGGGACUGCGCCACCGCAGCGCCUUACACCAAGCUCGUGAUGAACCCGGUCGUGCCAGGUCUCGACGCCAGUCUGACGCAGAAGGACGCGCUCUUCUUCUCGCCGCACAAGAUGAUCGGCGGGGUGCAGACUCCAGGUGUUCUGGUGGUGAAGACGCGUCUGGUGCGGAACCCGGUGCCGGACGGCGGCGGCGGCGGCGGCACCGUCUUCUUCGUGCGCCGCGACCAGCACCGCUACCUACAGAACGUGGAGGCGCGGGAGGAGGCCGGCACACCGGCUAUCGUGGAGGCGGUGCGGGCCGGCCUCGUGCUCCAGCUGAAGGAGGCGCUCGGCCCGGAGCAGAUUCGACUCUGGGACGAUGCGAUCGUCAGCCGGUUCCUGCGUGAGGCACGCUCCAUGCCUAAGCUGGUGCUUCUGGGACCACGCGCCACGUCCUGCCCGCGCCUGCCCAUCUUCUCCUUCCUGGUGGCGACGCCCAGCGGCGCCUUCCUACACCACAACUUUGUGGCGGCGCUGCUAAAUGACCUGCUAGGCGUGCAGACGCGCGGCGGGUGCGCAUGCGCCGGCCCUUACGCCCAGGACCUGCUGGGGAUCGACGAGACGCUGGCCGAACGCUACGAGCGUACCAUCGCUGAGGACAGCCGGCUGGACCGGACCCACCUGCGGCGCCAGGGCGAGUACUCCUCGUACGAGCUGCUGCGGCCUGGCUUCACGCGCGUCACGCUCAGCUACCUGCUGUCGGAGGACGAGCUGGAGCACGUCAUCACUGCCCUCAGGCUGGUGAGCGAGCACGGCUGGAAGCUGCUGCCCCAGUAUCGGGUCAACCCGGAGACCGGCGAGUGGAGGCACCACUCCAACCUGGUUCUGAAGGAGCGCCGCUGGCUGGGCGACAUCCGCUACGGCUCGGGCCGCAUGGAGUACCGGCAGCGGUCGGCCCACCCGCCGGCGCCGGAGCUGCGCGCCUGCGCCGCCCGCGCCCGCGCCCUCAUCGACAGCGCCAAGAAGAACUGCCCGCGCCAGGUGCCCGACCACAGCGCCAUGUUUGACGCGGCGGCGACAGAGCUGCGCUGGUUCCUGCUGCCGAACGAGGCGCGCCUGAUGCUACAUGGCACGGCCAUGACCAUGCGGCCGCCGUUCAAGCCGCGGGUGUACUCCGGGCAGGGGCGGAUGGCGCUUGGCCGCCGCCGGGCCAUGUCCGAGAGCCGCGACCCGCCUGGCCCGCAGCCGCUCCAGUACGCCGGCUCGCUGGAUCGCGACCGCGGUCGACCAGCGCGCGCGCCGCCGGCCGCCGCCUCCUCGCCGAUCGACACGCCCACGCGCCCGCCGCACAUGAAGCAGCGCGCCAUGAGCGUCUCGUGCGGCACCGACCGCCGGCUUUCGGACACGCGCUUUCUGGCGCAGGAGCUGCACAAUCUGUUCUUCAGCGGCGCCGCCAGUCCGCCGAGCCCCGCCCACAGAGCGCCGGCCAAGGCCCAGCCGACCGGGCCCCAGUGGCAUGCGCCGCCGCGGGCCAUCUUCAAGAAAACGGCCGAGGCGAUCGAGGAGUUCUCGAUGCUGCGGCCGGACGACCGUGUGCUGGUCUGCCUCUCGGGCGGCAAGGACUCGCUCUCGCUGCUGCACGUGCUGCGCCAGUACCAGUUCGUGGCGGCCAGCCGUGGCGCGCCCUUCCACCUGGCGGCCGUCACCGUCGACCCGCAGAGCAGCGCUUACGACCCGCGCCCGCUGCGCCCCUACCUGGCCAAGCUCGGCGUGCCCUACUACUACGAGGUGCAAGGUAUCCUGCGUCAGGCGGAGGAGGUGGAGUGCAGCAGCAUCUGCAGCUUCUGCUCGCGCAUGAAGCGGGGCCGCCUGUACGCGGCCGCCCGCCGCCAGGGCUACAACGUGUUGGCGUUCGGCCAGCACCUGGACGACGUGUCCGAGAGCUUCCUCAUGUCGGUCUUCCACAACGGCCGGCUGCGCACCAUGAAGGCCUGCUACGCGGUCACCGAAGAGGACCUGCGCGUUAUCCGGCCGCUCAUCUACGUCCGCGAGAAGGAACUGCGCCGGUUCGCCGAGUCGCGCGGCCUGCCGGUCAUCCCCGAGAACUGCCCAGCAUGCUUCGAGGAGCCCAAGGAGCGGCACCGCGUGAAGCAGCUGCUGGCACAGCAGGAGGUGUUGUUCCCGCACCUGUUCGAGUCGCUCCGGGCGGCGCUGCGGCCGCUGUACGCCAUCACACGCACCGGUGUCGAGAGUCGCCUGUUCGGCCGAGCCGCCGCCGAGCCGGACGAGGACGAGGACGUGCCUUGCGCCGGCGGCCGGGCGCAGCGGACCGCCUGAGGGCACCGCGGCAUCCCCAGGGGAGGUGGGGUGCCGAGCUCGAGCCAGGCCGGCCCGCUGUACAAUCUGACACGUGACAGGGCAGCGGAAGAGGUUGGUCCUGGGUGACAGGGCAACGGAAGAGGUUGGUCCUGGCGCCCGAUACGAGCGCCGUUGCCGGGCGCUAGACGAGCGCCAUGUCGUUCGUGUGACUGGAGUGCAGGAUGCCAGCUCAGGAAGCCGUUCGCAGACUCCGACGUCACGGCAGGCAGCCGGCUGUGGGUCCAUGUUGCGUGAGGCCCAGCCCCACCCCGUUAUAGCGUUGUCAGCCUUGUUCUCCACGAACCACGCCACUGGCGCGAAUUGCAAUGCUUCGCCAAGCGUCGGUUGCAUUGAGCGGCAAAUAAUGCAACGCUACGCAUCGGCCGCAUAUGAUUUGGUUGAAAUCUAAGCUAAAGUUUGAACUCUCACUGUCCAUGAACUGCGUGAGGAUCUUUCCCGCCUGAUGGCGAGGUGGGAUGCGACCAGUUCUUAUCGGCCCAUAGGGCUGUGUUGGCGCUUGAUCAGUGCGGCCCGCGGUUGUUUUAGUAGAUUCAUGAUGGCCGUGUGUGGCCCUGUCGCUCACCCAACGCCGUCGGCUCGAACGCAGAGGCGAGCGUGCAACAACAGCACGUAUUCGAAGGCCUCUAUGGCUUGCUGGAUCGAAGAAAGAUUGUCGCCAGCCGCAUCACGCCGUACGCUGUGUGAAUGUCUCUCGUAGAGCUGUUGACUGGCUGGUGACAUUUUCCGCCAACAAGGAGCAAGUGUCGGAUCAUGUUUUGUCACACUUUUGGCGGUACAGCACCAUCACAGGAAAAAGUGAUGCCAAAUUUGGCAGUUGGCAGCACUGUGUGUAAUUAUAGGGCUCCAUGUACCCGCGCCGACAAGUUGCUGGUUCGGAUGCUGUAACCAAUGACCGCUGAGCAUCCGCUGUUUUGCACGCGCUCACGAGGACGUCGCAAACCACCUUCCAAGUACUCUGAUGGUACGAACAAACGAAACAUUGUUUCGCUGGAGGUUGGGACCGAGUGUAACCUCGUAAGCCUCGCUGAAAGCCCGCCAGCGUCGCGAGUCCACGCGGUGAGGACAUGGCCGCCGGGAUGAGUCCACAGCUAGCCGAGGCCGCGGUCAGUGGUCCCCAAGGUCUUGAUCCCGACGGGUAUCCCAGCUCCGCCGCGCGGCAUCCCGCCGGUGCGCACGCCCCGUGAGUCAGCUAUCGCUGCGCGCCCUCUCCUCUCACAAGUGAGAACAGGUCCGGUCCGACGCCCCGCCCCGGCCCGGUGCCAGCGCGCGCGCACCGACGUCCGUCUGCCGCGUGUCACCCAGAGCUUAACGGCGCCGGCCGGGCCGGACGGCCCCCGUCCGUCCCUGUCGUGUGGCGUCAGCGCGCGCU